ACAAGUUUCCGUUCAUUGAAACAACCUCUUCACAGGCGCACUUUAAGGCUAGAAUCAAGAUAUCAAAUCUCAAUCUAUGAACCAAAGUCUUCUCAUGAGGAAAGUUUACUUAGAUUUGCAAAGGUAGAUUUUAACAUACUCCAAAUAUUGUACAACACCGAGCUUCAGGAAGUUACUAGGUGGUGGAGAAGGCUAGAUCUUACCAAGAAACUACCCUUUUUACGCGACAGAGUUGUGGAGGCCUGCUUUUGGAUAUUGGGCGCGUACUAUGAGCCUCGCUACUCAUUAGCUAGGAUCUUUAAUGCCAAACUUUUCAAGAUAGUAUCUGUGAUUGACGACAUCUAUGACUCUUAUGGAACCGUUGAUGAGUUACAACUCUUCACCUAAGCGUUUCUAAGGUUUUCUAACAUGAAUAGGGGUGAGAGAAGCUACGUCGACCAACUUCCUAACUACAUGAAAGUAGCUUAUCAAGCAACGCAAGAUACGUUGGACGAAAUUGGGAAAGAUUUAACCCCGGAGCAACAAAUAUUUGCUAUUCAUUCGACCAAAAAACAUGUACAUAUUAAUAAAAGUUUUAUUAUUUAUCCGUAAUUAUUGUUUUUAUUUAAUUUGUUUAGCUUCUGGUAUGAAUUAUACGUUACAUUAACAAUAAUAAAGAUUAUUAAUACUAUUUUUUUCCCUAAUUAACAGUUGUCAGAAACUUGCCAAGCCUACUUUGAAGAAGCCAAAUGGCGUGAACAAAAAUUGGUUCCAACGUACGAUGAAUACAUGAAAAAUGGGGUUUUUAGCUCCGGCUAUUUGUAUGUUGCUGUGUCAUCCUUUCUAGGCAUGGGGGAGUUUGCAACUAAAGAUGCCUUUGAAUGGGUGAACCAAUAUCCCAAGGCUAUAAAAGACUCUUGUAUAAUCGGGCGGCUCAUGAAUGACAUUUCUAGCCAUGAGUUUGAAGUAAAAAGAGGCCAUAUUGUAACUGCAUUAAAUAGUCACAUGGGUCAGUUUGGUAAGUCCAUGGAAGAAACCAUAAGGAGCUUCGAUCAGAGGUGGAGUGUGCAUGGAAGGACUUAAACGAAGUGAUAUUAAGACCUACUAUUGUUCCAAGGCCAUUGCUAACUUGUGUCUUUAACUUAACAAGAAUAUUAUACGAUGUUUAUCCUGAUGAAGAAGAUGGCUAUACUAUGACCCAGUUUAUCCGAGAACAAGUUGAAAUAAUUCUAAUUGAACCUAUCAUCAUUGAAUAAAUCAUGGUUCGUACGCCAAAGAGGCAAAGACAUGACCCUGAACUAGGGUUCCAAUAAUACCUGAUGUGGAGCAACCAUGUUAUUUUACUUGGAUUAUUAAAUUAUUUUAGUUUAAAUUUGACUUACACAUUUUUACCAUUUACUUAAGUCGGUUUUUCGUGUUUCAAGCAUAUUAAGACUCUUUAUUAUUAAAUUUGUGAGGCAAUGCCCUUAGUUAUUAUUUUUUGUGAUAUUUUUAUCUAAUGAGAAAACUUUGAAGUUAUGAUAUAAUA